AUAAACAUGUAACAAAAAACAAUUCCAAAUACAAAUAUUGAGAUUACUCUGAAUUUCCUGACUCCACCCCCCCAUCCUUUCCAUGGAUGAUAAUGAUAAUAUUUACAACUGCAUAUCCAAAUUCUUGUCCUUCUAAAUUAUCCAUAGUCUCCGUUACUUUACAAGUGUGGUUUUCAUAAAGUUCUUGUCUUCUUGAUUUCUGAGCUUCCCAGUUAAUUUUGCCAUGUCGACAUCAUCUCUUAUGCGGUCUGUAUUGACCCCUUGUCGGUCCUAGCGUUAGUGGUGAAGGCUGCAGGAGAGAGAUGUAAUAAUGAGAUGGAAAUAGUAAUAUAAUAUUAAUAACGAUAAUAAGUUGCUGUUAUUCUUUCCUGCACCACCUUCCCAACCCACAGCCCAUACAUGAACAACUAAAUGCACGCGCGCACACUAACUGGGCAUUCAAUAAUGGCGAGGACGCUCCUUGCUCCCUUAUGUAUGUAUAAUUUGGUUUGGUGGGGGGGGCGCCUCUUUGCAACAAAGCGCAGCCCCUGUGUUUGGCGAUGCUGGGGGGAGAAGUGGGAGUUCUGGAAAACCAGGGACAUCUGUCAACUCAACCGCAGAUUAGACCUCGUUGAAAUACAGGCAUGGGACGCGGGUAGGGAGGGUCGCAGGCUCCCCCGUUUCAUUCGCUUCGUCCUGUUGCGCACAGCGCGCGCCUCUGUCUCUCUCCAGUCUCCAUCCAGCGCUCUCCAACGAGGCCGCUUUCCUUCUCCCUCCCGCGUAGAGAGAAGGGAAAACGAAGCACCCUUUCCCCCUCUCCUUCCCUUCUCGACGGAGGGACUGGCUUCGCGCUGGCCCGGCCCCCAGCUGCCCCCAAGCCGCCGCUUGAUGUCCCCGGAGCGGGAGGCGCGGAGCAAGCGCGCAGGGACGCCGCCUCUGCGGAUGCGGAUGCUGUUCCCGCUGCUGCUCCGCGUGUGGCUGCAGCCGUGCGCCGCCGACUACUGCAGCUGGAAGGGCAGCGGCUUGAGCUGGGAGCCCCGCUCCCGUGCAGUGGAGCAGGUCCACCUGCGCUGUACCGAGGGCUUCCUGGAAUGGAUGUACCCGACCCGAGCCCUCCGCGUCAUCUUGGAGCCCAACCUGUCCAGCGCUCAGCACACCGCCGUCUGCAUCAAGCCGUCCAACACUUUCCAAGGUGCCAACAUCUACGUGGAGAGGGACGGGCAGCUCCACCUGUUGCUGAGUGACGCUGAGGAGCCCCGCCUGCACCAAGUCUCCUGCUUCAGCACCCGCACACCCCAGAGGGUGGCGCUUUUCCUGCAGGCCAGUCCUCAGAGGGACAUCAGCCGCAGGACAGCCAGCUUCCAGUACGAGUUGCUGAGCAACAAGACUGUCACAGGCCCAGACUUCCGGAAAAUGGCGCUCGUGGAAGCUAUGUGCCGCCCCUGUGACAACAUGGAACUUCUCAUGGCUAUUUGCAGCAGUGAUUUUGGACUAACUGGUUCUGGCAGAAUCUGGUAUGAACCACUGAGUAGAGCCCUACAAUGGUUCCACACUGCUAAUGGUCUUUAAGGUUCACAUCACUGAAACGUCAAGCAAUGAUUUUCAUGAACAAAUGGGUCGUCACAGAUAGAACUUCCGUGCCAACUCCAUUCAUGCCUAGUGGUGGCCAUUCUGUCUUCUGUAACCACUUUCCUGGGAGUAAGAUCCAGUGAACUUAUAUUGCACUGCAAGUCGUGUGAAGUGGCUCAUUGUGUAAAGGUCUCCUCAAAGCCAAUUCACAUCACUAUUUGGGGAGGGCUGGGGGGUGGGCAUCUUUUCGAGCCAUGGCGACUUUUAUCUUUGUCGCUAUCCCAGACCGAUUGUGAACUUCAGAAUGAUCCGUCACAUACAUCUGGCUCCACUGAAUUCGUGGUGACGUUCUACAUUGAAAUCUGGGUCCUCAGGAUAGCAUUUAGACGGCCACUGCCUUGAGUGCGCCCUGAAUUCUGCCUGACAAAACACCCCUCCUCAUUAAAUAUCUAUAUUUUUUAAGGCCUGUGGGUGAAUAAAUCGUCCCUAAUUUGGUCACAAGCCCAUUUCCACACCUAUAGCUCUCAGACAACAAUUUCUACUUGUGAUCGAAAAUAAGGCACCCCAAACCAACUAAUCAAUUAUGGAAUUUGUCUGCAAAAGAAGGCAGCGCUUGAAAUCUUCCCCCUUUGAGGAUAAUUAUCUCACUCGUCAUGGGCACAAAGAACUUACUUAGGAAGAUUUCGGGAACUUCCUUAGUUAAUCCAAUUUCCUGGAGCCACUAGCCUUUUAGCAUAACAGAUGUCCCCCUGUUCUGUUCCCCUUCUCUCCCCCCGCCCGCACUCAGCUUCAGUCAAGUCUAUUGACAAACUAUAAUGCUCUUGUUCCUCCUGUUCCAAGUUGCUCCUGAGGUCUGAAGGCCUCCGCUCUUAUGAACCAUAUAGCUAAGUGUGCUUUGGGGGUCAAUUGCACUUUCACGACCAGUUAUUUGAUCUAAUCCACCCCCCCCACACACACACAAACCUGGGGGUGGCAACUGCUAAACUCAGGACAGGGAAGUGAAGCCAUAAAUAGAGUCAGUUCAAAGGGCUCUUUCGUCUGCUCUGUGGAUGCUUUAAGUCUAAAUGCCCCCCACCAUGUGGCCUUCAGCACAACAUCUGUCCGUCGUG